ACAGUUGUGAUUCCGACCAUCAUCCAUACAACACAUUACCGCAAAAUUUCAAACACCGAACGCAACGCGCCAAUUACAAACAUGUAACUGACAAAAUUCAGCUAGCUAUGGCCAGAAAACAUCGGGAUUUUUGCCUGCCGAGAUGAAGACCUACCCCAGUGGACGGACUUUCACGUUUUUUCGUCAAGUUUACCCAGUGCCUCCUUCGAACUUUGUUAAUUUGUGCUGUGUGACAGUUUUAAAACUCAUCUAGUGACUUGGAUUUAUAAAUUAUUCGUUCUGUGCGUGUGCAAAUUAUUCCAUCUAAAAUUUUGGUGUAAUGAAUUGUUUGAAAUGGGUAAUAAGAGUAUUAUCGGAAUCAGUGUGACAAACUUGCCGCCUCGAAAAAAUGGCGGACUGUUCUUACGCGCGUUGUGUUCAACAGAGAAGAAACAUUAGAAGGGAACUACAAAGAUGGACAAAAAACAUGGUACAUAUCGUCGGGUUGGAACGAAUCGCUGAGGAGUUGAUGGGCCGUAGGAAAUGGAAACUGUACCAAGAAUCCAUGUCGAGGAGUUAUCUGCAACCGCUGAACAACAAUAUAAAGAGAACAAACAUACCGGAAAACGACCUAGACCACAAAGAGACCAAACAAAAUCAACAGAAUCGCGAAGAAGCCCCAAUUUCGGGCAUCAGAGAAGAGGCGAGGGAGGGAAAAGGAGAGACGGAAGAGGAAUACCAAAAGGAAAACGAAAAAAGUCGCGCGUCGCCAGAAGAGAGACUGAAAGACUGGCAGCCGGAAAUAACGAAGUGUUACUUUUGUGUCGACGGCAAACUGGAUACUCUGGAUAGUGAUCAAAAUAACCACGGGGUUUUGAGUCCCCGAUUUUCGGACUCGGAUACUUCGGAUAGUCAGAGUGACAGCGAAGUGCCCUCAUCUCUAACACCUACCUCGAAAGGGUUGCUCAACAACAACCACCACCAUCAUCACAGACCCAACGUCAUGACCACCAUCGAGAACGUAUCGAUGGCCGCCCUCGCGGUGGCUGCCCUCUCCGGAGGGGCGGCCAGCCCUGUAGGCGCGCCCACCCCCCACCACCUGCCCUUCUAUGGCCCCGGCGUUCUGGCGCCCAACUGGUACCUCGCCAGCGUUGCCAGGUCGUUCCAGAACGCGUCGGCGGCGGCCAAUGACGUCGACAAGGGCGGCGGGGGCGGCGGUGGGGUUGAGCAGCCGCUCGACCUCAGCAAGGGCGGCAACAGUAAUGGGACGGAACUGAAAGUACCUGUGGGGAACAGCGUCAGGUUGCCGACGCUGGAUACCAAACACAUAUUCAAUUCCGAUUUCAGAGCGAAGCCCAGGAUGUCGGCGGUCGCUGGCAGGCGCACCUACACCGAGGACGAGCUGCAGGCGGCGCUGCGCGACAUCCAGUCGGGCAAACUCGGCACCCGACGUGCGGCGGUGAUAUACGGCAUCCCACGAUCGACGCUGCGCAACAAGGUGUACAAGCUGGCGCUGGAAAGGGAGAGGGAGUCGCACCUCAACAGCUCGACGCCGCUGCGGCUGGACGAGGAGGAGGCCAUGGAGGAGGAGAAGGAACUGUCGGGGGCAGAGGAGGAGAAGGAGGUGGAGAGGGCGCUGCAGGCGCCGCUGCUGUCGAUGGCGGACAUCUUCAGAUUCGCCGGCAGGGAUCAGGCACCACCUGACGCCCUCAAAACCCUCCUCCAGAAGAGCAAAGAAGGCCAAGACGCCUGGACGGGCAUGGACCACAGCGAAGUGGGUCCGUACAUCCAAAACCUGAUCUUGGCCUCUCAGAACAUGCUGGCCAGCCAGAAGCCUCCCGAGGCGGCGGUCAUCAACCACAUGAUCCCGGAGCUCAUGAAACGGAUGAUGGCAGAGGAACAACUCUUGAAGUUACAGAACAACAAUGGAGAUUCCGAUAGGUUGAGCAGGCCCAGUCCUAGCAACUCUGUCAUUAUGAAAGUUGAAAGGCCCAAAUCUGAGUCAGACAUGGAAACGGAUGAUUCCCCCUCCAAUGUGAUACUGAAAAUUCCGUCCUUCAAACCGAUGUCGAGUAAGAAUGGAUGCGAUGUUUUUAGGCCUCAAGGAGAAUCAACAGGCAGCAUGAUCUCUCCGCCCGUCACCUCCGAGUCCUCCUCGCCGCCCAUCCUGCCGCCCGCCUGUAAGCCCGCCCCGCUCGUCGCGCGCGACGUCAAGGACGCGAUCGCGCAGAGCAUCGGCCAGAAGUUCCAGGAGGCGCGCAGGCCGCCCGUGCUGGAGAUGGGCGACUUCGGCCGGGGCGGGUUCACGCCGCCCCUCGGCAUGGUCAAGGUGCAGCAGGACGUGGGCAGGCACUACGCGCAGGCGCAGCGGACGCCGCAGGGGCUGAGCGGUGGUGGGGGUGGGACUGGUUCGGGUUCGGGUACGAGUACUGGAGGGAAAGGAACAAGACCGAAACGCGGCAAGUACCGCAACUACGACCGCGACAGCCUGGUGGAGGCCGUCAGAGCCGUGCAGCGUGGCGAGAUGUCCGUGCACAGGGCGGGCUCCUACUACGGCGUGCCGCACUCGACCCUCGAGUACAAGGUGAAGGAGCGCCAUCUGAUGCGGCCGCGGAAGCGCGACCCGAAGCCCAACCCGGUGGACGAGAAGAUCGCCAGCCUGAAGCAGAAUGACCUGCGGCUAGCCGGAGAUAAGAUGAAGCCGAUGAUGAAGCCGCCCCAGAAGUUCCCGCCGACCUCGCCGAAUGGCAUGAAGCUGCCCAUGUUCGAGCCAGCCAUGACCCCCUUGGGCUACAACGCGCCGCCCUUCCCCUUCUGGCCGCCCCACGGCUUCCCGCACGUGCCGCUCGACUUCGCGGCGGCGGCGGCAGCGGCGGGGCGCAACCCGACGACGCCGCCCUUCGCGCCGCCCGUACCGCCGCCCACGCACGCCGACUUCUUCGCCUCGCAGAUGAUGCAGAAGCUGCAGGAGGAGUCGGCAAGGGCGGUGGGCGGAAAGAGUAAUGCAGGUGGCACCCCCGCGUUGGCCAAGAACGCCCGCCAGAUGGCCGAGUCCCUGCUCGAGGGCCCGGGCGCCACGAGCGGCUCCUUCCUCGACGGCAUCAUCCGCUCCAGCCUGGAGUCCGGCGUGCCUCCCAGCGGGGCCAAGUCGCCCGAGGAGGAGAAGAACGUGUCCCCCGAGCACAUGUCCAACAAGGCGCUGCUGGACCAGCUGUGCAGGAACAGCCGGCUGACGCCGCUGUCGAAGCCCGCCGAGGGGAACAGCAGCGGCGACGAGUCGUGUAGGAGGGGGUCGAGCCCGCUCAACUUCUCGACAAGCGGCAAUUCCCAACACGAAGACAACAACGACGACGACUCGUCGUCCAGAUACGACAAAGACGGCUCUGACGUGCACACCAUUGAACUGUCAAACGACUCGACCGCCUCGUCGGUCGAGAGGAAAACUAACGACGAUGAGGUCGUCCAGAAGCCGAGGAUCUACCUGAAGCAGGACCUCGUCAAGCCGGAGAACCUGAAGCCGGAAAUGCUCGUGCGCUUCCAGAACAUCGCGCCAGACCGCAACGGUCUGAGCUUGAACGAGAGCAGCGCAUCGGAGAAUGACGGUGGCCAAGACUGACAUCGACCUGUCGCCGUGGCGAGGGACAGGUUUUUAUACUGACGUGGAGCGGUCAGGUUAGGUGAAUCCAAUGCCGAAUUUUCUGAGGGUUUGUCAGCGAUAUUCGACAGUAAUCGGUCCUAAUGAGUGAGGAUAAAAAAAGAAAUAUUUGAAGCUGGAUAUAUCGUGUGUCCCAAAUUAGAUCCUCACCAUUGGGAUAUCGGUAACUGUGAGAGAUAGAGAGUCGGUUAAAUUACGAAAGUUCCAGCAAAUUCAAUUGUGAUUCAUUAUCCGUCGAGAAAGCUUGACUAGCUUCAGUUAUUUCUUCAAGAAAGACUGAAAUAUUGUAUUUUCGUUUUUCUCGAAUAUCUCCAAAACUAUUGAUUGUAUAAAAAGAUGACUUCAACAUUAUGAUGGUACUUUUAAGUGAUCUUUUGAACUUUAACUCAAAAAUGUAUGAAGCUCGUCUAGAUUUCUUAACGGAUUCUGAAUCAAGAUUGAGUUUGCUGAAACUUUCGUAAUUUAACCGUCUCUCUCUAUCUUUCAUAGUUACCAAAAUCCCAAUAAUGAGGAUCGCAUUUGGGACAGACUGUGUACAGCUCAGAUGUUCUGAUUAACAAAGUUUUCCUAAAUUUGGACAUAGCACGCCUAUAUCAUUUUUAUAACUCUUUGAUAUACCACAAUAUAAAUAGUACCCUUUACUUGUUUAUUCAUCAAAGUCAAAGAUUCAUUUAUUGUUGAAUGGAUGGAUUGAUGGGUCCAAAACUAGUAGUUUUGAAUUUUGCCGACAUUUUGUUUCUAUUUCAAUAUUGUUUCCUUCACGAAUUUGGCCAGAAAGUAGAUUGGUAAGUAGAUUAUUGAAUUCUGAAAAAAUCCUCAUCAUGAACAAUUGAGACUAAUUCAUAUUCACAUAUGAAAAUGAGUAGUCAUGUAAUGAAUUGAUACACUUUCAAUUUCUCAAUCAAGAUCGAACCUCGCCCUGGCAUGGGGCAGUUGCUCUGGUAUCUCUUCAAAAGUAAGCCACUCGCCCAUAUUUUCAUUUAUAAUAUCACGAGAGCUUCAAUUAUUUCCGGAAAUCUUUUUGAGAACACGAAUUUUCUAAAUAUUCGUAUUCGAGAAAAAAAUUCCCGGAUAUUAAUUGAAGCUAAAGUGGUAUUCAGUAAAACAAUUUCACACUGGAAUAUUAUAUUGCAAGUAUAGCUACAUAAUAUUAUAUGGUGAACUGUGGAUAAAUGAUUUUUAUUUAUUGAUUUAUAGACUGGAAAUAAUCUGUGGUUGAAUGUAAAUGGCAUUUAACCUAUGAAUGUCAAAAAAAAAUACAGUGUAAUUUCAUGCUCCGUCCCCCAAGGAGGUUGAAAAAAUUUCCAAAAAAUGGUAAUGAUACGAAAUACAGGCUUUGAAUUGAUCGAAAAUGUUCAUGCGAAAUUUAUGAAAGGGUCAUUCAUAACUCUAGGGAAUGGAAAAACAAUGAUAAAAGAGAUAAUUCAUCUCAAAUAAUGCGCCUCUAGAAAUUAAAGCAUCAUUUUCUCCAAAGUUAUUCACGGUCAAUCAUUUAAGAGUGCCAAACAGGAUGAUGAAAUUGCUAGUUUGAAUUUGAAGGGUAUUUUGUGAUAUUUAGAUAAUUUUAGGUUAAUCUCGUUUUACUGUUGGAUAUUUAUCAAUUCUUCGAGAAGUUUGAAAUUCGAGUUUAAAAUUUAAAGCAGAUUAUAAGGAUGAUUUUACAAGGGGUUUCCAACAAAAAAAACUACUUGAAUAUCGAAAUUUGCUUUGCUAUGAAUUUGAAAUUCAUCUAUCAGUCACCAUACUGCUGACUUGGAUUCAAUGUCUCCACUUAUACAGUGUGGAGACUAACCGGAAUAAAUUCAUUAGUGGGGAGGUGAAUAUUUUUUCUAAAAAUUCCCGACAUACGUCAAUGAUUUAACGUAGUACUACCUUUUGCAAGCAAUAUCGAGAAUAUAUUCAUGCAGGGGUAGCUGAAACCACCCUCAACAUGAUUUUUUCUGAUGUAACCCUAUGGCUUGUGACCCCUCGAAAGCUGGUGGAAAGAAGAAUACAGCGUACUAGUCAAAUUUUAGUUUUUCAUACGUUUAAAGAUUGCAUGAAACUGAAAUGUAAUUUUGAAAUUCUUUUUUUUUUUUCAACGUAUCUAUCGCUGAAUAUGUGUGUUGAACAAUUGAUGGCAAUUUUUUGCCACUACUGCUAUCUGCUAUUGUAUUCCUGUGUUUCUAUAGAGCCGCAAAAAUAAAUUCAGUUGUUUGCUGUAUUCACAGUUUUAAACGAAGUGUUAUUGCAAACUGGUGGAAAUGCCAUAUCACUGUCACUGAAAGUCGAAAUUUUGAUGAAAAUACGUUGAAAAUAUAUUAAACUUCGGAAUUAUAUUUUCAUUUUUGCGACCCCCAAACGUACUGCUAACUGAAAUGUAUAAUCAGUACCCUAGAUUCCUCUUUCAACCAGCUUUCCAAUGAGGGGUCGCAAGCACUAGGGUUGCAUAUGAAAAAAACAUGUCUGGGUUGAUUCCAACUACCCGUGAUGGGUUAUAUUCUCCAUAUUGCUCGCCAAAUGUAGGUAAAUUCAUUCAAACGUUCACGUGUCUUGCUAAUUUUCAGAAAAAUAAUUCACUCCUUCAGUAGCGAAUUCAUUCCAGUUAAAGUAUCCAUCCUCUACAGAUACUAUCAUGUACUAUGAAGUAAUAUAUUGGGAUUCCUGUUAGUAUUUUUGCAAAACAGAACUAUGGGAGCCCUGGAAUACUUGGUAAGAUCUAGCUAAUCGUUGAAUAUUGGGUCAAUAACAGUUGAUGGGAUGCUCAGAUCAUAUAUAUCAUAUACCACGGGACCAAAGUGAUCCAUUGAAUCCCGCAAGUGGUUUGCUUUGGAACAACCAUCCAAAAGAUUGGAACACUUAGGCUCACAUUUCACUUCAGGUCCAUGGAAUUAAAUAGGUCAUUUUGGCCACUGUUAGGAGGGACAAAGAAACAUACCUUUAGUUCCACGGUUUAUAAAAAUAUGACACCCACCCUAAAAUUAUACCUAUUCGCGGUCGCCAAGGUCAUUAGAUGACAUUGAAAACUACGGGAAAACAUGUCUAACUUUCAGUCCAUGCCAAGAGUUAGGGUGAUUACCCGUACAUUUCAAUGUCAUCGGUACGUCAUCUAAUGGCCACCGAGAAUACUCUUUUUUUUUUCCUUUCUUUUUCUUACCUACCAUUAUUUACCUCGUUUUCAAUAAUGAAAUCGAUAAUUUCCACCUAAAGCAACACAGUGAAUAGAGACUAAGUAAUUGUAAUAGGUUGAACGAACUUCUUGGGAAAAGUUGAAAAGGGAACAGAAAUUCUGGCAAUACGCGGUUAGGUAUUCACUUUCUGCUUUUGGCUUGUACAUCGAAGACGCCUAACCCUAUAUUCUAUUAUAUAGGGUUAGCUAUAUUCUAUUUUCACCAAUGAGAAAAAAUAUGCAGAAGUUGGAAGUAGACACAAGCAAUUUUCACAGCUCUCAUAAGGAAUUGAACAGAAUGAUCCUUUUAUUGUGUGUUGAAAUUUACACAAAAAUUGUUUUCCUGAUAUGUUCUUGUGAUCUAAAAAUAUCACAGAUUCAGAAAAAAGAUGUUCCAUGCUUUUAUAGUGAUCACCCUAUAAAACUUCUACAGAUUUGGAAAUAUUGCUUUUUUAUGGAGAUUUAAGUUUUGUUUACAGUUUCACAUUAGCAUUCCAAGUAUACUGGAUACACCAGAGAAGCACAUUUCGAAAUAGUUUACUUAUAUUUUGUUUUAUCCAUCUACCAAAAUUUUUUACAUACCCUGUAUUAAUGAAAUGCUACAAAGUGCAAAACCUCCUUUGCGAGUGAUUCUAUUAAAUUAGAUGUCAAAGUCAAAUUGUUCAAUAAGAUGAAGAUUUGAGAACAUAUUGUGGAAAUGUGUUUAUUCACUAUCAUUGUUUUCAUAAAAUUCUACUCUGAGAUAUCUGCAUAAAAUACAUAUUUCCAAUCAUUCAAAAUGAUUUGAAAUUGAAAUAAGAAUGAAACGAGCCCUGUAAGUUCUGAAUGAAUAAGUUAGUAGAUGUAAAAACAAAUUUAUUGAAAGUUAUUGAAAGAAAAAAAAAGAUUUCCAAUGAGAGCUUGGAAGUCAAUUCUCUAUGGAUAUUUCAGCUUGGAUAUUAUGAGAAAUAUACUAUAAAAAUGAUAUAUUAGGAAAACUUUGAAUGCUACUCUCCCUUAUUACCUAAGAGUGAUAUAACCUGGAUUGAAAAAUUACAUAUGAGUUGUCAUAUGAACCCUAGAAAAUUUUGCGUUUGAUUCAUUCAUUGAUCGAUUGUGGUUGUAAGUCAGCUCGAUAUGACGGUGAUUGUUGAUAAUUUAUUAUUUUUCUGUUGAUUAUAUUCGGUUUUGUAGUGUAGUGGUUUGGUAAGCAUCAAAGCAGUCUGCUGUAUAGUAAAUGUCUUUCGACUUUGGAAAUAUAUUGAGGUCGCCGCUGUUGUAUGGAACGGACGAAUUUGUAAUGUAAAAAAAAAUGUCAGAAAAACUACUUCACCUAUUUUGGUUAAAUAACAAUUAUCCAUGUUAUGAGAACCAUUCAAAAACACUUAAUAUUUAUAUCAUACAUACAGUCCUCUUUUUGAUAGUUUUUGGUAACCUCAUAUUCAAACACAAUGUAGGUACAUACCUACUCAAAGAAGCACCAUUCAGAAAAUAAGCAUUUAGUCAACUAUCUUGCCUUUUUUUGGAAUUGUUUUUGUAUUUAGAGAAUUCAAUCAGUCAUUGAAGCUUUGCUUAUCUACAUAAUAUGUAAAUGGUUAAAAUCCUCUUUCUGGUGCAUUUUCAGUUCAAAAUACAACAGAAUAUAGCCAAUUUCAUUUAAAAUAUUCAACAAGAAUAAUUCAUGGUUGGAUGAAUCUUUGAAACAAACACUCAAAUUUUCAGAUAUCAUCGCCAAACAUCUAUACUAUAUACAAGUAGUUUUUCUGAACCACUAAGUGAUCUAUUUUUCCUGAUUUUAUAUAAUGAGGCUGUUCCAUGCUGUAAAUGUUAAUUGUUUGAUGUAUUUGGCAUGUACCAAAAAUGAAACCCAUUUAUCAUAAAUUUAAUGUACUCUCUAUGUGUCUUCAUCGUCGCGUAUACCUCAACUUGUAUAAAAACUACACGAUGCGUGUUUAAAUACAUUUUUCAACUGCUUUGAUGGAAGGAAUGGUUAUAUUAGAUAUAUCGAAAACCCUUGGGGAUAUUCCCACAAUUGAAAAAUUAUAUCUAUCUGUGAUUUAAUCAAAAUUUUUGAUGUAUAUUUUCUCUAAAAAUAUCUUAAAUAUUAUUAUAUAAAAUUAAAAACAAUUAGACAUAGUUGAUAUAAAUAUUUGAAUUCUGAAACAACUGGAAAAUUGAUUAUCAAGAAAAACUACUUUGAUAAUAUCGGUUUUCCAAGUGAUAUUUUUUGUUUUUCGUUUUUAUUUCAUAUAACAAUGAAGUGCAAUUAGAUGGUAUAUAUACAUAUUAUAUAUAUAUUUACAUCAAUAUUAAGUAGUAAAUAAGAUAUAUUGAUAUAUUAUAUAUUUGAAAAUGGAAGCUAUUUUGUUUGAGAGAAAAAAGAUUGACUCCAGGUAGAGUUUACAAUUGCUUCAUCCCCCUAUUUCAACAACCGUCAGAUAACUACAAUCAACCAUAAACCAACCGAUACCGACAGUUAAAAUGGUAGCCAACUAUACAAACACUAUUGAACCAUUUCGUAUAUCCACUAUUACAAAUCCAUUAGGAAUGAAAAAUACAAUCUUCAUUCUACAUUAAAUGUAUUUGAAUUGAUUAUAAUUCCUAUAUUUCCAACAAGAUACUCUUCAGAGAGUUCUAAACGAUAGGAGAACUUCAAUAUACUCCACUGUACUAUCUUCAAUAACCAAAUUUAUGGAUUUCCAAUGAUUCCUAUGUUGUGUAGGUACUCAUAUUGCUUUACAUUAAUGAUGUCUGUAUGGAUCAGAAAAUCUAUAAAUAUUGUCUUUUCCUAAUCAGUUCAUGAUAAGUACUUAUAGAUUAUUCAAUAAAUAUUUAGAAGUGGUAUAAUUUUUGCCCCACUAGAUAGAUCAUGUAGUAUCGUUCCUGCUGCAGUAUUCACCAGAUUUCAGUAUUCAUUCGUCGCAAUGAUUUGCUUAUGGAAGAAUGUUGGAGAGAAUUAUUAGUCAAAUCAAGGAUAGUCCAGUGUUCAGGAGGUCUUAUCAUGGCUCAGCAACAGUAACCACUUGAGACAAACAAGAGAAUGUCGGGAAUAUUAAAUUUGUAUAUGCAUUAAAUAUUCACUUCUUGCCAUGUUGUAUAUUUUUGGUACAAAUAACCAAAAUUUCGUGUAUUUGUCUCAAGUGGUUCCGGAAAAAUUGGCUCAUGGUAAGAUGAUCUAAACUGGUAUCAUGUUGAUGCCAAAAUGAGUAACCAACCUAACCUAAGGCAAUCUUAGGUUAGAAAGAAAUGAUAGCCUCACGAAUCAACAAAAAUAUCGUAUUCCAUUAUAAGUAUUACCCAUUUUCCCAAUCUGUAUGAUUAAAGUCCUUGUAUUUUGAAUACAAUCAAUAUAUUUUUUCAAUAUACCCGACGGUUAUACGAUUCUGGUUCGAAUAGUGUUUUCAUAGUUAGGUACCACCCGAACCAAAUCAGAUUUUACAGCAAAAACACAUAUUUAAGUUGGACCAAUAAAUGCAGUAUGUUGUAUAUAAUGUGGGUAUGCUUUACAAACAUAUCGUUUGAGAUCGCCACCCAGUCCCAUUUUGUUCUAAAACCAGUGAAUAGUUUUAGCUGAUGCCAGAAUCAAAAUGAACAACUCGGGACUGAGGGGUGCCUUCAAAACCAAACAUUCCAACCAUAUAUGUGCCAGAUUUUUUAUUCGCCACAAAUGAAUUAUAAAGAGAUUUGUGAUCUCGGCCAGCGGCCACUUAGAUCAUCGGAAUGCAUCUUUUUUUUUCAAAAUGGAAAAAUGUUAAGUUUUCGAAGCUGAGAGCUUCCCCUCGUAGUUCUAAGGUUUUAAAAACACUGUUUUGGAUGUUUGUGUGUCUCACGUUUUGCGCUUGCAAUGCAACAGCAUAACAGCUCAAUUCUCGAAAACUAACUUAACUUGACGUGAAUAUAACCUCACUUUUUACCUCUUAAUAAUCAAACUACUCGCCAAAUUGUAUGUUCAAAUUCAGAUAGAGGUUAGGCUGGUUUUGGAGCUGAGCAAACAAAAACAUAUUCUGGCUUAUAGUAUAACAAUGUACCAAAAAUAUAUUUCAGAUAAUGCAAGUGUGCCACCGAUUCUGUGCAAUUUUUUCUAUAUGUAGUGUUAAAAAACAAAACAUUAUUUUUUAAUGUGAUAAUUUGUUAUGAAGACACCUCCUUUUCUCAACACUAUUCCGUUUUUGUAUAAGUGCGGUCCAAAUGUUAAAGUCAACAGUGUAAAAUAACCUUAAAAGUAUACGCGUAAAGUACGAUAUUUUUUAAUGUUGGAAAAUCUCUUUGAUGAGUUGCUUCUGAAGCAAGAAUCAUGAUAAAGCAAAAUAUUGUGUUCUAGAAUUGUUAUUGAAUAUUUGUAUGAGAUACAAACUUCUUUAUUAUGUUUAGUCAAGAUAUUAAUUUGUACAUUGUUGGAUUUUCCUUACUGUUUUUUUUUUAUUAUUAUGAAGACUAGUUCAUUUUGGUAAUGCCUGAUAAAUUAGUUAAUUUAUAUUGUCUUUUAUUAUUUUUUGUUGAAUAUGUGUUAGUAGUAGUUCUAGGAUGAUGAGAUCAUAAUAUAUUUAUUUGGCAUUACUUGAGAUGACCUAAUCUAUUUAGGUACCUACUUUUAAUAUUCCCAUAUUUUUUCUACAAUUUCAUUGCACCCAAGUGUCAGUAUUUUCAUUAAAAAAUGGACCAAGGUCUUAUUAUAUGUAUCAUUCCAGAAUUUAACUCUUUUCACAACCAUAAGACUUUAAUUCCUAAAUAUUUUUUUACAUACACACAUAAUUAUAAUGAUUUUUAUAUCAGACGUAUUUGUUAAAUAUUUUUUAGUUACAAGCUAGGGACAUAAGAUUUUAUCCUAAGUUUUCGCUUUAAAUAUCGUGUAUAUAGAACUCUUCAGCACACGUGAAUGUUGUGUGCUAGCUGAUAUUGAAAAGUUGAAACCUCUGAACAAGUUUAGUUUGUUCAUAAACAGUUUUUUCUUUACAGCAAACCCAUAAUCAGCAAUAGUACAUACAAUUUCCCCACAUUUAACCACAUUGAAGACAAAGCAUAAUUUUGAACAGUUGAUAUGUUUAUGUAGAGUUGUGUUGUUUUUGUGUUGCUAUAUUUUUGGAAUUUUAUCUCAUGGGUGGAUGGUUUUAGUCGUUUUCACCAACUUUUAAUGCAUUUGAGUUAUGCAGACAAUGCCAAAUUCUGACUGGAAUGUGCAUCCUCUAUCAUAUUGUCUCUCAUUCAUUAGUGACACGUUUUAGUUCUAUUUCCGAAAACAUAAUUAUCGGAAAAAUGUUCAAUGAAUUUUAACGAAGGAUUUUCAAUGUAUCAUUCUAUUUCCAGCCACUAUAUAUUUUUACCCUUCACUAUUCUCGUUGUUUCUCUUUGGAUAUUUUCACCUCACAUUUCCAAGUGUUUCCGGUAAUGAUGAGUUUAUAAACUCAACUAUACCAUGAAUUGAAUAUUAACAAAGUUGAAUAUAUGUAAAUGUCAUCAGGUAAAUAGAUUCAUAUAUUUUCAUGACAUUUAAAUUCACAACCAAGAAGUUGACUCGUUCAUCUUUUGAACUAACUGAGGGUAUCUCAAAUGUGUAUAAUUUUUUAUACACAUAGAUGAAUUUAAAUAAUAUUGUGAGAUUUUCUCUAACACCUGUUUCAAGUAUAGAGCAUCAUUAAAUUUUUCAGAACACCACAACUAUGUCCAAAAAAAUGUUGAAUUUCUCAGUUUUUAUAGUUGAUGAAUAAACCUUUUCUUAUUGUUUUACUAUAUAUCUCUUUGGUGUCCUCAAAACAGAACGUGUCCCAUAAUAUUCUCAUAAUGUAUUUAGAUAUUCAAAUAGAAUCACAUAGGAAUGUCUCUUUCAUCUAUUUCCUUUUCAAAAGUUUAAUAAAACAAGAUUGAUUUUCAAUUAUUACAGGGAAAUAAAAAAAGAAUUUGGUGCACUGUAUUUUUGACGACGCUGUUCGAAUUUGUACGAUUCAAUCAAUUUGUGAAUGCCAAGUUUUAGCUUAUUAUUUUCAAUUAUUAUGUUGCAACUGUUGAGUUUUACAGGAACAAGAUAACUCUAUGUUGAUAUCUAUAAAAAGAUCAGCAAAAAUAGAUACUAAAGCUAGCAAUCACGAUCCCUAUCUCUAAUUGCCCUUUUCCCUAUCAAUGGAAACGACACUUUUAAACACCCAGUUCCAGCUGUAGAUUUUUUGACAUACAGAGUGUAUACUUAAAUAGUUGGUAGUUAUUAUAUGUCAAACUUUGACACUUACAGUACAAGGUUAGGUUUAAAUACCCACUAUACAGGAAGAUCACGAAAACUGGAAUUCCGUAAUUCAUCUAGAAUUUUCCAAUCAGAAAUAUACCAGUUGAGGAGCAUUCUCCAGAACUCAGAAAUUUCAUUGGAAAAUGAGAAGACGAAUUUAGAAGCACCGAUUUUCGUAUUUACCCGGUGUAGUUUUUUUGUAAAUGAGAACACUAAUACAAGGUGACGGCACUUAACUAAUGUAGUCUAAGAAACUUUACUUAGUAUAUAAUAGUAUGUGUAGCUUAAAUUUUUCCCCUCCCACACCCCAUCAAGCUUGUCUUCAUUGUGGUAGCAAAAUACAGUUCAAACAGGAAUAUCAUGGCAUAUUUAAAAACGCGUAACAAAAUUUUUCAAUAACUUUGGCGGUAAUAUAACAAAUACACCAUGUUUUUUUUUAAAUCAAGCAUUUUCUGUCAGAUGAACGGUUAUAAUGAUAUUAAUUUAUUUUCUUAUAAUCAAAUGAGUGAGAAACAUCAGAUGCGCAUGUAUGUGAAAAAUAAUAUAUUUUUCAAAGCAUUUAGAAUCAUUUUCAAAUUGAUUUCCAAAGCCUAAUUUACAAUGUUAAUAUAUUCGAAAGUUUAUUUAUUGAUGAGAAGUAGUAUAGCUGAAUGAAACUAAGAAAACACAAUUAAUUAGAAGAAAAUGCACUAACACCAAAAAGUGUCUUCUCACUGAAAUGAAAAUUAUUUGUAAAGAUUUGUACCUGUUUGAGGUGCAUGAUUUAUUUGAAAUCAAUUUAAUUUGUCUAGUCGAACUUAUGUGAAAUUGUGCUUAAAUUGGUAGGAAGAAUUAUUAAAGAAUAAACAUUAAAAAUGUGAUUGGUAGAAAAUCGAUGAAGACUGAAAAAUACUUUAGAAGUAUGCAAAAAAUAUGGUUACUUAAGAAAAUAAUUUUGAGAACACAAUUUUGAAAUAUGCCAUAAUUAUAAAAAAAAAAUUUUUUUCGUUGAAUUAUACACUGGGACCAAAAAAUAACAAUUCAUAUCCGAAAUAUCAAAACACGAUAUCAUAAAAUGUUGAUAUUGAUUCACCAUAUUAUUUCCUUAAUAUUCAACAUUGGUACAUUUUUAUUGCAUAAAGUUUGUUGGAUGAUUCUGAUUUCGAAACUUUAAAUAUUCCAUUAUUUGACAAUAUGUUAGGUUAACAAUUCUGUUCCAUACACAAAAAUUGUUUCUAUCGAAAUUGAAACAAUUUUUGUGUUCAAAAUGAACCUGAUAAAAAUAUUAGAGAGUUUGUUGCGUUUUAUGACAUCACUCAAGUAUUUUUAGCAGGAUAUUGUCUCACAAAAAAUGUGACUAUAAAUGCCUUUUAGCGUGAAUAUAUUAUAUCAAAUUGUUGUAUUUUGUAUGUAAGGGAAAAAUGUUGGACAAUUCGAUUCACUCAUAUAAUUCGGCAAUCAAGUCCAAAAUUAUUCCCGAAAUACAACACAUUCUUGUUCGUAAAAUAUCUGUGACUUGUAAAUCAUGUUUUAUUAUUAUGAAGUUAGAUGUUUGAACAAUUGCUUUGUGGGAAAUUGUUAUUUUCAGAAAAUAUUUUAAAACCACAAAAAUACAAAAAAAUACCAUACACAUUGUAUAUUUAUAAUGUAAUUCUGAAGUAUACCAGUAUUUAUUAUACUGUGGAGUACAUGAAAAUGUUGAGGAUUGUUUAAUUGCUUCAC